CGCCCGCGCCCGCGCCCGGCGCCCCCCGGCGGCCCGCUAGCCCCCAGACCCCAGCCUCCAGCUCCGCGGCGGGAGCAGGGAGCCGCCGCAGCGGAGGAGGCGAGGAGGAGGAGGAGGAGGAGGAGCCGUCGCAGGAUGAAGGAUCGGACUCAGGAGCUGCGGAGUGCGAAAGACAGUGACGAUGAGGAGGAGGUGGUGCACGUGGACCGGGACCAUUUCAUGGAUGAGUUCUUCGAACAGGUGGAAGAGAUCCGAGGCUGCAUUGAGAAGCUGUCAGAGGAUGUGGAGCAAGUGAAAAAACAGCAUAGUGCCAUCCUGGCCGCCCCCAACCCUGACGAGAAGACCAAACAGGAGCUGGAGGACCUCACUGCAGACAUCAAGAAGACUGCCAACAAGGUGCGGUCCAAGUUGAAAGCUAUCGAGCAAAGCAUCGAACAGGAAGAGGGUCUGAACCGCUCCUCCGCGGAUCUGCGCAUCCGCAAGACCCAGCACUCCACCCUCUCCCGGAAGUUCGUGGAAGUAAUGACCGAGUAUAACGCGACCCAGUCCAAGUACCGGGACCGCUGCAAGGAUCGGAUCCAGCGACAGCUGGAGAUCACCGGCAGGACCACGACCAACGAAGAGCUGGAAGACAUGCUGGAGAGUGGGAAGUUGGCCAUCUUCACCGACGAUAUCAAAAUGGACUCGCAGAUGACAAAGCAGGCCCUGAAUGAGAUCGAGACCAGGCACAACGAGAUCAUCAAACUGGAAACCAGCAUCCGAGAGCUGCACGACAUGUUUGUGGACAUGGCCAUGCUGGUGGAGAGUCAGGGCGAGAUGAUUGACCGCAUCGAGUACAACGUGGAACAUUCCGUGGACUACGUGGAGCGCGCCGUGUCCGACACGAAGAAAGCAGUGAAAUACCAGAGCAAGGCCCGGAGGAAGAAAAUCAUGAUCAUCAUUUGCUGUGUGGUGCUGGGGGUGGUCUUGGCGUCAUCCAUUGGGGGGACGCUGGGCUUGUAGGCCCCCCACCCCAAUAUCCCUCCAGAGCCCUCCCCUACCACAUUGGGAGCAAUACCCCCACCAUCCUUUUCACUCCAUCCCCUGCUCCAGGCUCGCCCCCCCCAAGACAGACCCAGGCAGCCCCCCUUUUUGCACCAUCCCCUUGUCGGACCCCGGAGUCCCUGGGACUCUCUGCCAUGGCCCACCCCGGCCCGGCACGUAGAUAGCAGCAGGCGUGUCUUCACAUGCACACCAACACGCACGCCGCCGGCACGUGCUCCAGGCCUGCCCCCGUCCCCUGUGUGUACACGUGUGCAGGCGUGUUUGCACCCAGCCCUGUGUUGUCUGAGCCUCCCCUUCACUGGGGUCCUCAUAUAGACUGGGGUGAGGGAGGACACAGCAGCCUGCCUGGCCCUGCUCUGUCUCCUGUGUGUGUGUGUGUUCAGAGUCAUGGGCCCUUUGUGUGGUGGAAUGAGUUUUUGCCACCCCUGUGUGGAUCUGACAGGACAGCCCCUCCACCAUUUCACAUGUGUGGACGUUCGCAUCCAUGUCCUGAGGACUGAAGCACAGAUACACAUAGGAUGAGGCAGACACCUCAGUGCAAUGGAGAGCAAGCCCUCCUGGCUUAGUCCAGGCACCGUGAGCGUGUCAUAUGCCUGUGUGAGCCUGUGGCUUUCAGCCCAGGUGAGUAGAAUCACACACAUAUAAAGCACUUAAUUUGACCCAUGUAUACAUACACUCACACAUCCCCCGCGCACGCGCACACACACACACACACACACGUAAUGGAGAGUCAACGUGUGUGUGUGUGUGUGUGUGUGUGUAGGGUGGGUCUGGAGUGUUGACAGGCCCACUUAGACAUGUACCUGUUUUGGCUGGGUACAGAAAUCUCAAUUUCUUUCUUCGUUUCUUUUUUUAGUAUUUGAUUUAUUUUAAUGAGAGAUACAAAGAGAAGGAUACCAGGAGACCUGAGCACUACUCAGCUCUGGCUUCUGGUGGUGUGGGGCUUGAACCUGUGACCUGAGAGCCUCAGGCAUGAAAGUCUUUUGCAGAAUCAUUAUGCUGUCUUCUCAGCCCAAGAAAGCUGGAUUUCUGUACUGACAAGUGUGUGUGUGUGUGUGUGUGUGUAGAGGUGUUGAGUGUGGUGUGUCACCCCAUGGAUUAAACCACGUCCUUUAUCUCUUUAAGACUUCACCCCUUCAGGGUUGCUUAUCUGGACUUAUUUGUCCCCUCCCAGAGCUGCUGAGCAGUAUCUGGUGGCCACACACAUUGUGCAACAGGACCUUCCUGCCUUGGAGGCCAUGGGAGACUUGCACCCCAGGCCCCAUGGCUCAGCUUGCUCUGUGUCUCUGCUAGAGGGAAGGCCUGCCUGAGGGUGCUUCACCUUAAUGUACUCACACACGCCAGUGCUUGAACACACACACACACUCACACACACACAUUCGCCUCCUUGUGGAAGGGCUAUUUGUGAGAAAGGUGGCCAAAGAGGUGAGGGCCACUCAGGGUGGAUUCAAUCCCAGGACACAUUUUCUAAAAUGGCGCCAGGGCUGAGGGCAGACCAAGCCUGAGGUGAAGUAAAGGCCAACUAUCCCCUUGUGGUGAAGACACGGGUGUGUUUGUAAGUGUUGCGGCAAGUGUGUUGGUGUGUGUGUGGGGGGUGACAUAGGCAGAGGACAGUUUUGGGAGCCCCCACUCUGUGACCCCCACAUCCACAGGUUUGGUUGAGUGCAGGGCAGGCCAGAGUUGGACUGCUUUGUUUCCCCAAGUCCCCCACUUCAUGAGAAGCGUGUGUGUAUGUGUGUGUGUGUGUGCGCGCGCACCAAUGCAAGUGCAACCUUCUAGAACACAGUACCCUUCUCCAUCCCAUCCCAGUUCAGACCAUCUCUCCCCUGCCUGUGUGUGGCCCAAGUGUGAACACCUAGGCUGCUGUCCUGAGGAUGGGAGCCAGCCUGUAGGCCCCCAGAACACCCUUCUGCAGGAUGGGAAGUCAGAGCAGGUCCCGGCACCCACCCAGCUUUUUCCUUCCUGCCGCCCCAGCCAGGACACCCUGAUAGCCAGCUGUUUCAGCAACCUCCCCGGCCUUGGCCUUGGGGCCACCAGGAGCAGGGUGGAGCCAGCUGGGCUGAAGUGGUAUUCAGCCUCUCACUGCCUGGCUCCGUGGGUCUCGGAGGAGCCCAAGGGUCUACUGCACCCCUCAACUCCCUGCCAGGCCCCCACUUGGUGUGAUGUGUUUGCUCAUGGGCUGCCGUCUGCCGCCCCCUGGAGUGUUGACUUUGGGGGGGCUGGUGUCUCUUGCAUGUUCUUGGACAAGUGUGUGCCUCUCACCCUCCACGCACCUCCGGCCACCCAGUCCCACCCCCUGCAUCCCGGGUGACUCUGCACCCCACCAGCCCCACCUCUCACAAAGCACACUGCGAAUCUAUCCCACGUGCCUGCAGGCGGGUGCCCGGUGGGCUCUGUUCACCUGCUGCCCCCAGCCCGCCCUGCAGAGGACCACAGUGGGUGACCCCAGAUCCCUGCCCCCACCCCUGCCCCGCCCGCUGUGCAGCCGUGUGCGUUGGCGUGUGUUUCCGUGUCGCUGGCGUGCCACGUGAUGUAGCCGUGUUUGCUGACAUGAGCCCCCCUCGCCCCUUCUGUUUCUCCGUGGGUUUCUAGAGCUCUCUUUCUCUCCCUUUCUGCCCCAGAGGGGACAGGACUCCUGGGGUCUGACUGGGGGCCCAGAGCCAGGCCCCCUCUCCUGUUAGCCCUCAGAGCCCCAUUUCUGUCUAUUGGUGACCAAGUUGCAAAUGGAUCAAACACAGGAGACUUCUACCCCCCAGCCCCAGCCCUGCAUGUCCUGUCCCCAGAGCCCCCUCCCCACUCCGGGCCGGGCCCCAUGGGACGGGAGAAAUAGCAACCAAUCCAACAGCGGG